ACACAGAUGAAGUACCAGCGUAUGCUGGAGAGACUGGAGAAAGAGAACAAAGAUUUGAGGAAAGUGGUGCUGCAGAAGGACGAGAAAGGCAUCCACCAGAGGAAAGUCAAGGUUAGUAAGUCUCUAAUUGAUAUGUACUCUGAGGUCCUGGACAUCCUCUCGGACUUUGACUCCAACUACAACACCCAGGACCAUCUGCCCAGGGUGGUGGUGGUGGGGGACCAGAGUGCCGGGAAGACGAGUGUGUUGGAGAUGAUCGCCCAGGCUAGGAUCUUCCCCCGGGGAUCUGGAGAAAUGAUGACCCGAUCUCCUGUCAAGGUGACACUAAGCGAGGGGCCGCAUCAUGUGGCCAUGUUCAAGGACAGCAGCCGUGAGUUUGACCUGGGCAAAGAGGAGGACCUGGCCGCCCUGAGGCAUGAGAUAGAGCUGAGGAUGAGGAAGAGUGUGAAGGAGGGCCAGACGGUCAGUCCUGAGACGAUCUCCCUGAAUGUCAAAGGCCCGGGCAUACAGAGGAUGGUGCUAGUGGAUCUACCGGGAGUCAUAAGUACCGUAACAGCAGGCAUGGCGUCUGACACCAAGGAGACCAUCUUCAGCAUCAGCAAGAACUACAUGCAGAACCCCAACGCCAUCAUCCUCUGCAUCCAGGAUGGGUCAGUGGAUGCCGAGCGCAGUAUUGUGACAGACCUGGUGAGUCAGAUGGACCCCCAGGGAAAGAGGACCAUCUUUGUCCUGACUAAAGUGGACCUGGCAGAGAAGAACCUUGCCAGUCCAAACCGGAUUCAACAGAUUGUUGAAGGAAAGCUGUUUCCCAUGAAGGCACUGGGCUACUUUGCUGUCGUGACAGGGAAAGGCAGUGCUGGGGAGAGCAUCGAUUCAAUCAAGGAUUACGAAGAGGACUUCUUCCAGAACUCCAGACUGCUCAGAGACGGCAUGCUGAAAGCCCACCAGGUCACCACCAAGAACUUGAGCCUGGCUGUGUCCGACUGCUUUUGGAAGAUGGUCCGGGAGUCCGUGGAGCAACAGGCCGAUGCCUUCAAAGCGUCACGUUUUAACCUGGAGACAGAGUGGAAGAACAACUACCCUCGUCUCCGAGAGCUGGACAGGAAUGAACUCUUUGAAAAAGCCAAGAACGAAAUCUUGGAUGAAGUCAUUAGCUUGAGCCAAGUGACACCAAAACACUGGGAGGCCAUCCUGCUGAAGAAGCUGUGGGAACGAGUGUCCACCCAUGUCAUUGAGAACAUCUACCUGCCUGCCGCACAGACCAUGAACUCUGGUACCUUCAACACCACCGUGGACAUCAAGCUCAAACAGUGGACCGACAAGCAGCUGCCCCACAAAGCCCUAGAGGUGGCCUGGGAGACACUCCAGGAGGAAUUUGCUCGUUUCAUGGCCGAGUACAAGGGGAAGGACCAGGACGACAUUUUUGAUAAGCUCAAGGAGGCGGUGAAGGACGAAAGCAUCAAGAGACACAAGUGGAACGAGAGGUCCAUGGACAGCCUGAGAGUGAUCCAGCACAAUGCUCUGGAGGACCGUUCCAUCACAGACAAGCCCCAGUGGGAUGCUGCCAUCGAGUUCAUGGAGGAAACCCUGCAUGCGCGCCUCAAAGACACGGACUGUGUGAUCAACGACAUGGUCGGUCCCGACUGGAAGCAGCGCUGGCUGAGCUGGAAGAACCGAUCGCCCGAACAGCACAUCCGCAACGAAACCAAAAACGAGCUGGAGCGCCUGCUGAAGCUCCAUGAGGACCACACGGCGUACCUGGCCAACGACGAGGUCACCACCGUGCGCAAGAACCUGGAGGGCCGAGGGGUGGAGGUGGACCCUGUCCUGAUCAAGGACACAUGGCACCAGCUGUACAGAAGACACUUCCUGCAGAAGGCUCUUCAACACUGUAACCUCUGCAGACGAGGCUUCUACUACUACCAGAGGCAUUUCGUUGACUCUGAGCUGGAGUGUAAUGAUGUGGUGCUGUUCUGGAGGAUCCAGAGGAUGUUGCUCAUUACCGCCAACACUCUCAGACAGCAGCUCACCAACACUGAGGUGCGGCGCCUGGAGAAGAACGUGAAGGAGGUUCUAGAAGACUUUGGUGAGGACACUGAGAAGAAGGCCCAUCUCAUCACUGGACGCAGAGUACAGCUGGCUGAAGACCUCAGUGAGUCACACACCCUUUGGUUGAUAUUUUGGUCGGUCUUACUAGAGAAUGUAUCUGAUGUAUUCUGGUAACUGGAAGUUAACACA